UCGGCGCAAAGCCGCCGCUUGUGGCGGUCUGCUUGGCCUGACUGGACCGUACCAUCCAAAUCUAAAAAAAAAAAAAAAAAAAAAAAAAAUAUGACGAUGCUUGAGUUGUGGAAAAGUUGCUGAAGACGAUUGGAAGUGACCGCAUUUCGGAUCGUCUGGUCAAAACUAUGUCGUACUCGAAGGACAUUUUCCGACGGUAAUCCGCUUUGGACGUCUUGUCGGGGAUGAGAGGCGCCAGCGGGUGAUCCUUUCGCGGCGAUUUAAGUAGCAGACAGACAGAGAGACAAGUCUUAAACAUGAAGAAAUUAUUCAGCUUCUCCAAGAAGAAACAGUCGCCGUCCGCUACGCCCGACAGAGGCAGGGCGCUCGCCGCCGGCUACGAGGUGAAGGAGAAGGAGCUGAGCAAGUUUCACAAGGCUGCCUGGCGGGGAGAUGUGGCCAAGCUGGAGCACCUCGUGAAAAGCAACGAUGUCAACCAGGCUGACAAGCACGACAGAACAGCCCUUCACCUCGCUUGUGCCAGUGGAAAUGCCGAGGUGGUGAGAUUUCUGGUGGCGAAAAAAGCCAAGCUCAGUUUAUGUGACAAUCAAAAUAAGUUUGCCUUAAUGAAGGCAGUACAAGGUCACCAUGAUCUAUGCGCUAAGAUUCUACUGGAAAACCACGCUGAUCCCAACCAGGCGGACGCAGAGGGAAACACAGCCUUACAUUUGGCCUCAAGCAUCCCAGCAAUCUCCACGGUCAUCACCCUGGUGGAUCACAACGCUGACGUCGAUGCACAGAAUAAGGAAGGCAUUUCACCACUGUCGGUGGCCGUCCAAGAAGACCACGUAGAAGUGGCCGAGUUUCUCUUAAAGAAAGGUGCUGAUGUCAAUGUUUUGGACAUUGAUCAAAGGUCGCCAUUAAUGAUAGCUGCGGGCAACGGGCAUAUCGGCAUGGUGCGCAUGCUCCUGCAGUUUCACGCAGAUAUUACGCUGAAGGAUAACAAGGGAAGAUCAGCUGAGGAGUACGCAGCGAUUGAAGGGCAUCAUCCCUGUGCCAUCCUCAUUACUGAGCACGCCACCCAGAGGAACCAUGCGACCUCUCUUUCUCAUCCGGCCCCAAAUAAAAAGAAGUCCAAAUCCGAGAUGGGCAACAGAUCCCGAGCCCUUGCAACCGGCUUCUCCGUGGGAGGGCCCGCCACCGACAAAGACGAUUUUGAGGAUAAUUCUCAAGCAGAGUCCUUUAGCCAGAUGUCAAAAAAAGGUGGCACCGAUGAAUGGGCGUCAUCUGAGGGGGACUGUGAAUCGCUUUCAGCUGAAAAGACCCCACCAAAAAUGAAUCUUCGGAAAAUGCUUGAAUCUAAAAGAGGAAAAGCCUUUGCAGUGCUUGACAAAUCCAUGAGCGCUUCAGAGUCUGACAGUGACAAUAGUGCCCCGAGAGUCGCGUCCAGUAAAUCCCCAAAGCCCCCAGUAGAACCCUCACCUGUUCCUUUCCUUCCCAAAGCCUCCCAGAUGACCUCUAGCCCUCUCCCAAUCUACUCACAGAAAGAGGAAGACAAGAAUGAUGCUAGCGAGGAGGACCUGGAUGAUGAUGAUGAUGACGAUGAUGAGGAGGAAGAAGAAGAAGAAGAAGAAGAAGAGGAGGAGGAGGAGGAUGAUGAGGACAUCUCAGACGAUCAAUCUGAAGGAAGCGGAGGCCUCCUGGAUGGUGCAACAGAUCAUGUUGCGGAAAAAAGUGAACUUGCUAAAGAUAUCAAAAGUGUUCUUUUGAAAAAUUUAGACGCUUAUCCUGAAGUGGGUCUCGAGAAGGAGGAGCAGGAGCAGGAGUCUUGGGAUUCUGAGCAUGAAGACUACAGUUCGGGACAUGAAGAUAAACAAAGUGAACACACACAGAAUAUUGCUGGAGAAAAGAUGGAAGCCGACUUGUUAUAUAGUCCCUCAUUUUUACGAGGGGCGCGAGGCGGGUGGAGGCCCGAGCCCUGGUGGAGUAGAGGCAGCCCGGGUGUUGGCCUUGGUGCCGUUGGUCCCGUGGCUGAAAAUAAAGACGGUGUGGAUGGUGGAGGUGCUCAGAAAGGAGAUCCUACACAAACAGAGAGUGAGAAAAACAAAUGGGGACUGCUUUUGAGCAAAUGCGAAGGAAAAAGCAAGGAAAAAACAGAUUUGAUGGAAGAACUUGGUUUGGGAGAUUUUGACUAUGCCGAAGAUGCAUCAGACUGGGAUACAUCUAGCAAUGCUAGUACGAAAAGCCUGCCGGGAUGCACAGAAACAUCUCCUGCACUUGAGGAAUUCCAAGAAUCCUCCAGAAAGGAGAAGCAGGUCGAUGUGUCUCCAAAAGCGCCCGUCGCUCCUCCGAGGAAAGUCGGGAAACUGGUCGCAGCUCCUCAUCCCCAGCCUCGUUCCAAGAAGACGGUGCCUCAAGAUGGUGACGAAUCUGAUUGGGACCAAGACAAUUUAACUGACAAUCAGCAGGUUCAGGAAGCGGCCAGAAAAGGUUCCCCUGAAGUCUCAACGACGGCAGAGGGCACAAAAGGUGAUUUGCAACCUGAAGAACAGCAAGAAGGGGCUGUCAAGGAGACUCACAGCGCUGGUGUUUCAGUGAAAAAUUCCAUUGCAUCCAGUCCAGUUGGAGUUGCAUCAGAGGGCUUUGCUAUUAAGAAACCCGAUAUCGGGCCAGCUCAAGCCUCCCAACAAACACAGAAGCUCCUCAUCUCUGACAGCAGUGCAUUGGUGGAAUCUCAACCCGCACACCAGCAGACCUCUGGUAUUCUCAAGCCUGAAGAACAGGCCGCCGAGGAGACCUCACAGCUGGCAGGAGGAAACGAGAUCCGCACAUCCAGAACCCCUCAGACCGAAAACAGGGAGCUCUCCUUGUUUGACGACAGCACUCUAAGUGAUGUGUCGGACGAUGAAGGACGUUUUGGUUUCUCUGUUAACAAAAGGCUUAAAACUGCAGAACAGAGGAAAAAAGAGCAAUCAGAAGAAAGGGAGAUGUCUGAAGAUAUUGACGAACUCAAUUCAUCAUCCGACGUGACCACAGAUGAUUCAGACUUUCGUGCUUCAGGCCAUCGUUGUAGCUCCCUCUUCAUACAGAACCUGGACUCACUUGUGACAGAUUCCAGGAGCAUGGUGAAGCUGCAGAACAUUUUCCACAAAUAUGAGCGGUCCAUUCAGAAGGCCAAAAGCCGUCACGGCUACUUGACAGACAAAGUGAGCCUCCUGGAAACUGAGAAGGGGCAGCUAAGGAACUCGCUGGAUGAAGUGAAAGAUGUUAAGUCGGCUUUGGAGCGCAAUCAGCUGGAUUUGCAAACGGAAGUAACCAACCUCAAAUUUCAGCUAAAACAGGAGCAAGAAAAUGGCCGUAAUGCCACCAUGAUGUACAACACCACAGGAGAAAAGCUAAAAAGGACAGAGGAGCAGCGGCAGGUGGAGGUUCAGGAGAGGCAGAAAGUGGAGCUGACUCUCAGGAACUUGGAGCUGGAGAUGCGAAUACUCAUCAACAACAAGAAGCAGCUUGAGGAGGACAACAGUCAAACCCAAACGCUGUUGGCGCAGGAGCGCAGCGCACGCAUGGUGCUAGAAAAUCUGCUCAACAGUCAUAUGCGUAAGCAGCAGGAGAUAGAGGAGGAGAACAAAAGAAACAUAAGCAAAAGUCAUGAGGCCUUGUCUCAGCUCACUGAGGCCAGUGACAGGGAGCGAGAGCUGCUCCAGCAGAUUUCUAUAUUUCACGAGCAGCUGAGCACCCUCAGGACAGACCUUGAGAAUUCCCAAGCCAACAGCAGCAUUAAGCAGAGAGACCUCCAGGAGGAGAAUAAGACCCUCAAGGAACAGCUGGAUGAGGUCCGGCGAGCUGUCAAAGUCAGCGGCGACACCCUCAACCAAACCGUCCUGGAUUUCAACAACCAGACGGCCACCAUGAAGUCGGAGUUGACCGUCACCGUGACUCACCUGGAGAACGAGCGGCAGGCCCGCGAGACGGCGGUGGCGGAGUUGGAGUCCGCUCGCGCUCGCCUGACCGCGGCGCUGCAGGAGGCCGAGCGCUGUAUGGCGGCUCGCUCGGAUGCAGAGAGAGCUCUGCUCCAGGAGAAGGAGGAACAUCGUCGUCUUAAAGACAGACUCUCAAGUGACGCGUCCAGUCUGCACGAGACAGUCAACAGCCUCUCCCAGAAGCUGUCCAAGGCAGAGGCACACGCAAACAGCAUGGAAAACGAGGCCCAUCGGAUCAUGCUGCAGUUGUCUGAGAAGAACCUCCUGCUGAACACGCUGCAGCGCGAGAGCGACCAGACAGCCGCACGCGUUAAAGAGCUGGAGGCCGCUUUGAAGGCCGAAAAGGAGCUGGUCGCCCGGGCCGCGGUACGCCAAGAGGCCGCGCAGGAGCGCUUAGCCCAAGCGCAGAGUGAAGGCAUGUUGCUGCGGCAACAACUGGAGGAGGCCCAAAACAAGGGUGUUGCAAAGGAGAACGCCGUGACAGAUGCCCAGAAGUCUUUCAGUGACAUCUUGUCCAAGCUUCGUUCCGACUGUGAGGACAGAGUACAGCUCGUGCAGGACCGGAAUCAGGACCUGGCUGCAAAGGCUUCUGAACUUCGAGAACAUAUCCACCAAUUACAGGAGGAGAAAAAUGAAAGAGAGGCAAGUCAGAGGCAGCUGCAGCAGGAGUUGGCAGACUCAUUAAAGAAGCUGUCAAUGUGCGAAGCUUCUCUGGAGAUCAACACACGCUAUCGUAAUGACUUGGAGGAAGAAAAGACUCGGCUCGUACAAGACAUGGACAACCUUAAGGCAAAGAUGGAAGAAAGAGACUCACUAUGCCUUCAAGCUGAGAAACAAGUAAACGAUCUCAGGUGCCGUCUGGACGAACGGGAGAAAGAACUCAGCACUGCCGUUCAGAAGCAGCAGGGGGCGCUGUCCGCUGCAUCUGCCUCCGAUGCUGCCGUCAAACAGCUGGAAGAGGCUGUGCAAAGGCUGGAGAUAGAGAAUGUCAAGCUGGAGGCGGCUGCAAAGCAACAAUCUAACCAACUUGAAGCACUUCAGAAAGGUUUUCAAGAGGAGGCAAAAGUCAGAGCUCAUUUGGAAGAUUUGGUGACCACUCUACAAAGUAGUAAGAUGACAUUAGAAGACCAACUCAGUAAAGAGGUGCAAAAACAAGGAAUGUUGUCCAACAAUGCCCACGACUCUCAGGCCAUGUGGGAGGAGGAGUUAAAGAGCCGUUCUAAGCUAGGACUGCGUCUAGCCGAGCUCGAAAAGGAAAAAGUACAACUUGACAGCCAGGUGGAAAUAGAGAAGAAGAAGGCCAAGAAAGUAGCAGAGCAAAAGAAGACGGUGGAUUCCCGUCUGGAACAAGAGAUGGCGAGAAACACAGAGCUUCAAAAGGAAAUGUACAGGCUGCGGACCCUGCUUAAAACUACAAAGAGGAAGCUGCGGGAUCAGGGCAGAGGUGGUGGGGAAGGAGGUGACUUUGCCUCUUCAAUGAGGACGCUACAUAUGGACCUGGGAAGACACAGCCAGGCUGACGGAACUUUUGAUGGAAGAAGGGAAAAGGUGCGAGACCUGCAGGGGGAGUUGGAGAGGGGAGCGUUCCAAGGCGGCCUGGCGGAGACGAGGCUUCUGGAAGAGGAGGUGCACAACCUUAAACGCAGAGUGGAGGCCUCCGAGGCGGAGCAGAGGCAGAUGGAGCAGUACCGUCGGGAGGUGGAGGAGAAGGCCCGGCAGGAAGUACAUCAGAAGCUACAGGAAGUCAACAUCUUCCUGCAGUCCCAGGCGGCGACCCAGGAGGCACAGGACCAGAUUAAAGCAGCCAAUGAGGUCAGCCUGCGCUUGAAGAUCCAAGAACUGGAGAGCGAACUGAACCGAGCCCGAACCAUGCAACACGAUACCCUCAGCCAGAGAGAGUCCACGCGUACAGAGCUGGAACGGUUCAAAGAAUUGUACAGAGAGGAGCAGAAGCUCCGCAAGUCCCUGUCUGUCGAUCUAAAACGGACGAACGAUCAGCUCACAGAAGCCAGUUCCAGGUUGGUCAGCGAGCAUGGCACGUCUCUCAUCACCUCCCCAGGACCUGGACCACCGCUAUCCGGAGUUGUGUCCUCCCUGGUUCUCCCAUACGGGGGCCUUGCCUCAAGGCUGCUCAGCCCUCUGGCUGAAGGCCAAAGCAGCAGUGUGGAGGACUACCUGGCCAUGAUGCAGCGUCAGUUGGACAGAAGCAUAUCAAGGGAACUGAACAAAGCCUCCGCGGAACUCGACAUCUCUUUGGCCCGCAUGUCUCCAGUAGGUUCCGCCUCGAGGGCGGAGCUGGACCCCGUUAGCAGAGCGAAGCAGCAGUACUUGGAGGUCCUGAAGAAGAACCACGAGAUCUAAGAAAAGUAUCCAAGUUAAGGUAGAAAUGACUUCGGCGUGUGUACUAGGAUGUCACCGAUGACCUGACAUAAGGUACUUCCCACCACAGUGUAUAUAUCUGUACAUAGCAGCUAUAAGUACUGCCUGCACCAAUCCAAAAAAAAAAAAGCAAAUCAAAUGCACGUUGCACUUAAGCACUCACGGAGUGAGCACACUAAUCAGCCUCACUCUUAAACACACAAUGGUGUCAAACUCAACGCCCGGGGGCCGGGUCUGGCCUAACAAACGCGGAUUAUGUGCAUCGGCCUCAUGUUUCUAGUUAAAAUGUCAAAAUUACAAGUUGCCCUUUCUCUAUUCAAGGUUGAGAUAUUGUCACCAUUUUUUUUUUUUUUUAACCAAUCCCCCUCUGAAAAAUAAAUUGAAUAAUAGUUAAUGACAAAUUAUUUUCUCCGGCUUUUUAUUUCAGAACUACUUAUCCAUUUAUUUCUUGUGUACCGUAGCAAGAGUCAUAUUUUAGCUCCUAUGGUAAAUUCCGUAGCAAUUGAAAAUACCUUGUUCUUGUCAAUUUGGCACACUGCUGAGAAAUGUUAACACUCCCAAAUUGGAAUGAUCAUCAAUGAUCAAAUCAUCCAUAUAAAAUAUAUAUGCAUGCAUAUACAUCUUUGCUGUAUUUACAAACAAAUCUCUCAAUUCACUUUGCAGGGUCCAGUGUACACAAAAUCUGAACAUCAUUUUUCAUUUUGAUUUGAUUUUAACUGUACCUAAAGGUGCAGCUGGUCAGGAUAUGUUUUGGAGUUUACUGUAUUAUGCGUCAUUCAAGUGAAUCACAGAGAAGUAUGAAAUUGACAUUCAAUUUAAAUCAACACCAUACACUAAAUGUAUUUGAAUUUUAGCAUUCUUUCUGUUUUUUGCUUUGCCGGCCGUCCUUUCUAUGUGCCAUUAAAUGGUGACGAUUUAAGUUUUGAGGUAUAUUUAAUUGGAAAAAAAAACAUGUACGUAUAGGUCAAUAUAUUUCUUAAUGACGCUCGUUAUACGACAGAGGUACCCAAGUUAAAGCUGCAGUGUAUCCUUAUCACAUAAAAUCUUUUUUUUUUUUUUGUACCACUCCCAAUUUUUCUUUCUGCAGCUCUGUACAGUCGAGUAAGAAGGCCUGGGAUGUUUUUUAAUUUUGUUUAUUAAAAGGACUGGCAAAUAAAAGUAAAAUAAAACAUUUGGCUCGCUGUAUAUUUCAAGAAAUGAAGUCACAUGAGGAAGACAAUAAAAUGAAAUGUGAUUGAAAUGUGAUUUAAAAAAAAAAAAAACGUCUGAAAGAUUUUCUUAUUAAAUCUCCUGAUACCCUGAAAAAGGGCAAGUUGUACUAAAUGUUAAAUAAAUAUUUAUCGCUGACCCACACUGCUGAAUUAUUAUACAUCCAAUGUCGUGUUUCGUGUAGCAUAACGUGCAUUGAUUCCAGGUGACUGAUUUUCCUGCCUCAGUCAUUGGAAAGGCACCAAAGUUGAAUGUAUGCGCCGGUGAAGAAACUCUUCCCGACUUACUCAAAUGACACAAUGCGACGCGCUUGUGAUUGCCACCCUCCCCCU